AUGUCCACAGUAGCUAAGGCUGGUCAAGGCGCCAAAUUGACGGUGCACUGGCUGAAUGAAUCUCGGGGCCAACGCAUUGUUUGGCUGCUCGAAGAACUCAACCUCGAUUAUGAUAUCAAAAUCUAUUUCAGGCAAAACAAGCGUUCGCCUCCAGAGCUGAAGCAGGUUCACCCUCUCGGCAAGUCACCAGUAAUUACUAUCGAAGCACCGAGGUUGGAAAAACCAUUGGUCCUAGCAGAGUCUGCCGCGAUAGUCGAAUAUGUCUCGGACCACUUCGGGCCACAGCUAAUCCCAAGACGUUAUCCGGACGGAAGUGAUGGUCUCAUCGGCGCGGAAACCAAAGAAUGGUUGCGGUUUCGUUUUUUGAUGCAUUAUGCCGAAGGCUCCCUCAUGCCCGUUCUACUUACCGGGCUCCUUACGCACAACAUACGCUCGGCUCCUGUACCUUUCUUCCUCAAGUUCAUCACCAAGAACAUCGCCGACAUGGUCGACAAUAAAUAUACACUCGCAGAACUCAAGCUGAACCUUGAUUACUUGGAGGCUCUUCUCGCCGAAUCUCCCGAUGACGAAUUUCUCUGCGGACCGAACCUCACGGGAGCUGACUUCAUGAUGAUUUUCGUUUUGGAAGCAGCGGUGUUAUUCAAAACACUGAACGAGACCAGCUAUCCAAGGCUGUAUAGCUACGUCCGCCGCAUCCAGAAGCGGGAUGCCUACAAACGGGCGGGCGAUAAGGUUUCGGAGGCCAGUGGCGUAAAGUACGUACCUUUCUCGGAAACCAAGCUCGCGUAG